AUGGCUCGUAACCAGGAGCCUCUAGCUGAGAUCUCAGUCAUAAAGUUCAAGGACCAGGACUUUAAAUAUUUGCGGGAUCAUUGCCUGAGGAAGGGCCAGCUGUUUGAGGAUGAGACCUUUCCUGCCGUGGCUUCCUCCAUAGGACUGCAGUUGCUCCAGGGAAAAGGCCUUCCCAGCCCAGAGUGGAAGCGCCCAUGGAUGGAUUCAUCAAGGGGUCCCCCUUACUUUAUCCGGGAAAGUGCAAGCAGAUUUGACAUUCAACAGGGACAAGCAGGAGACUGCUGGGUCCUGGCCGCACUUGGGUCCUUGACACAGAGUCCACAUUGUCUCCGGAAGAUAUUGCCUAUGAAGCAAAGCUUUUCACACCAGUAUGCAGGGAUUUUCCAUUUCCGGUUCUGGCAGUGUGGACAGUGGGUAGACGUAGUGGUGGAUGACCGCCUGCCUGUCCUGUACCAAGAGUACCUCUUCGUGCAUCCUCGCAGAGACAACAAUGAGUUCUGGCCCUGUCUGCUGGAGAAAGCCUAUGCCAAGCUGCACGGAUCCUAUUUCCACCUGCAUGGUGGCCACCUCCCUGAUGCCUUGGUGGACCUCACAGGAGGGCUCGUCACCAACGCCGACCUGUACUCUUCCCCUUCUGACCUAGUGCUGGUGGUGAAGAUGGCAGCCCAGGCUGGCUCCCUGAUGGCCUGCUCCACUCCAGUGGGGCCAACAGGCAAGGAUGAUGUGAUGGCGACCGGCCUGGUGAGCUGCCAUGCUUACACAGUGACAGGGGCUGAGCAGAUUCAAUACAGGAAAGGCUGGGAAGAAAUUAUCCGCCUGUGGAACCCCUGGGGCAAAACCGAAUGGAGAGGACGCUGGAGUGAUGGGUCUCAGGAAUGGCAGGAAACCCAUGACCAUCGAAAAGUCCAGCUGUAUGAGAACAAGGAAGAUGGAGAGUUUUGGAUUUCUUGUCAAGAUUUCCAAGAUAAUUUCUCCUGCCUGUAUAUAUGUAACCAGAUUCCAAUCAGCCUGGACCAUGGAAACAUACUCCAUGGAAGAUGGUCUGAAAUGACAUUUAGGAACCAAGAGAUUCUAAGACACCCUGCAGAAGGACCUUGGAGGGAUCCUCAGUACUUCUUCCUUGUGCAAGAGCCCAUGGAAAGCAACAAUGUUGUUGUGUCCUUCACCAUCAUGCCACAAAGUUUGAUGUCAACAGACAAGGAAAUUCCACUGAACUUCCAAGUGUUCAAGGUUGACUCCCAGUUCCAACAGUUCCGGGAGAGAUUGCCGCCCACAUUUUUUUCCCAAUUCAGACAUGCUGCCCAGGGCACACAUUUAAAAACCAAGUGCAACUUUACACAGUGCUUCCACCUGAGCCCUGGGACCUAUGUUGUAGUCCCCUCAACAAGCAGAGAAGAAGCCCAGUUCUUGCUCCGAAUCUUCCUGAAAUUGCCAGACACUGACAGGAACCUGGACAACAAUUUCAACCUCAGAGGACUAAAGGCCAGUCUUCCAGAAAGUGGCUUCAAACAAAGUAUUUUCCAGAGAUAUGCUCAGCAGGGGAUAGACAUUGAUGCCACCCAGCUUCAGAGCCUGCUCAACCAGGAACUCCUGCAAGGACCUCCAGGGGACAUGUUCUCCUUGGAUGAGUGCCGGAGCAUGGUGGCUCUGAUGGAUCUAGAAGUGAAUGGACGACUCAAUCCACAGGAAUUUAAAAGGCUGUGGAGGCGCCUUAUGAACUGCCAGCAUGUUUUCCAGAACACUCAGAAUGGUUCCGGGGUUCUCCUGAGCUCUGAUCUGUGGAAGGCCAUAGAAAAUGCAGACUUCCUUGCAGGGAUCUCUGUCAGCAGAGAGCUGCUGGAUCUCAUGACCCUCAGGUAUAGCGACAGCGCCGGUAGGAUCAGCUUCCCAAGCCUGGUCUGCUUCCUGAUGCGACUUGAAGCCAUGGCAAAGACUUUCCAUAACCUCUCCAAGGAUGGAAAAGGACUCUACCUGACAGAAAUGGAGUGGAUGAACCUUGUCAUGUACAGCUGA